CGACGUAAAUAGGCGUAGAAGUAGAAGUAGAAGAAGAAGAAGAAGAAGCGGUAGUUUGGCGGCAGCAUGGCGGCAGACUUGAGAUUACCAACUGUUAGAAAACCAGUGUCGAUAUCAUCUUCUGCUUUUGACUCCAAAAAUCUCGUUGUCCCAGGCGAUGUGAUCACGUCAAACACUGGCUUUAUGAGGGGUCAUGGAACCUAUGUUGAUGAUGAAAAGCUGACUGCUUCUGUCGCUGGAGAGGUGCAGCGAGUAGACAAGCUAAUCUGUGUCCGACCUCUUAAAACCAGAUACAACGGUGAGGUUGGGGAUGUAGUCGUUGGCCGGAUUACAGAGGUGCAGCAGAAACGGUGGAAGGUGGAGACAAACUCGCGUCUGGACUCUGUUCUGUUGUUGUCCUCUGUCAAUUUGCCUGGAGGCGAGCGGAGAAGAAAAUCAGUUGAAGACGAGUUCACGAUGAGAGAGUACCUUCAGGAAGGCGAUCUGAUCAGUGCAGAGGUGCAGUCUGUCUUUUCAGACGGGGCUUUAUCACUUCACAUCCGUAACUUAAAGUAUGGAAAACUGGGACAGGGGGUGCUGGUUCAGUUUUCCCCUUCACUUAUUAAGAGACAGAAGACUCAUUUCCACAACCUGCCAUGUGGUGCAUCCAUCAUCCUCGGCAAUAACGGCUUUGUGUGGCUGUAUCCCACGCCGACACAGCAGGAGGAAGAGGACGACACCGGGGGCUUUUACACCAAUCUGGAGCCUGUCGUCCUGUCAGAUCGAGAAGUGAUUUCACGUUUGAGAAACUGUCUGCUGGCUUUGGCUGCACACAAGGUGCUCCUGUAUGACACCAGCAUUCUCUACUGCUACGAGUCGUCGCUUCUGCAUCAGGUCAAGGACAUCUUGAAGCCAGAAGUGAUGGAAGAGAUUAUAAUGUUGACACAGCAGAAGCUGGUGGAACAGGAGGGUUAGAGAACUAUUGUUCUCCACGUUAAGGAAGCAGAAUCACAUCAGCAACCAGAUUGAUCACCUGCCUGGGGCUAAAGUGGCUCAUAUAAAAAUAAAUAAAAUUUAGCCCAUUCUCAAUCUGAUGGACACUUACAGAGUUUGAAGGGAUUGUUGAUCAUUGGUGAUAAAAAGAACAUUGUUCUUUAGUUUUUCUUACAUUUUCACAGAGGAUGAUUCUUCAUAAUGUGUCUUUGUGUACAAACAGUUUUAUGUAAUAAACUUUCUAUUGUUU